AAGAGCGAAACGCUGAUCCCGGGUGUUCAGACUUUUUGCGGUGACUGUGUUUCGGUUUGUUGAGAGUGUCACUCCUCCAGACCGAGUUCAAUAAAUCAAAGUUUACGGCUCCGCGUUCCAUUGCAUUUGUCGGAACUGUAACUGCAGCGAAUUUGUGCGGCUGUCAAACGGUUGCAUAAAACAAAAGACCUGAGACCGAAAACCGAAGACCAAAGACCGAAGGCUGUCGUCAUCAUGCCCUGUCCCCGGAAUUUAGCCCGUGGAGCGGCGAUCGCGGCUCUCUUGCUGGCCAUCGGUCUAAUUGUCUUGGCAAUUUGUGUUCAGCGACCGAACGAAUCCGGCCAUCCGAUCAUAGUCACCGAGCAGAGAAAGUCCCCCGCGGAGGAGGUGAAGGCAUUGUAUGCCGAUGGUGAUUUGCGAGAUUUGCCAGCCAAAGCGCUUUUUUUAAUCGCCACCACAACUUCAACAAUAUCGCCGGAAAAUGCUGCAAAAAGCGAAAACUCUUCCGGGUCACUGGGCAUGCGCCAAAUCCUGCAAAUUGCCAGUUCUACCGCGGAGACGACGGCCUGGAAGACCCUGACCUCACAUCCCAAUUCCCUCGUCCAGCUGCUGCCAUCGAGAGCAAUGCGAGUGGUGCAGGAGGUGGUGCGAUCUCUGCGGAAAGAGCGUGAGAUUGUGGCCACCACUUCGCUGGGAAAAGUAAGGGGUCGCUAUCAGAAGUACCGCUCUGGAGAACGAGGAGGUUAUUACAGCUUUAAGGGCAUGCGAUAUGGUGCAGCACCCACAGGAGCAAGAAGAUUCCGAGCUGCGGAGCCGGAGAAACCUUGGUCUGGCAUCCGUGAUGCUUCUCGAGAGGGUCAAAGUUGUCCUCACAAGAAUAUGAUCCUCGAUACUUUCAAAGGAGAUGAGGACUGCCUCUUUGUCAACGUUUUCACCACUCGAAUGCCAAAGGAAGAGGAGUCAGCCGAACAACCAAAACUUCCUGUAAUGGUUUGGUUGCAUGGAGGAGGAUUUUCCUUCGGUUCUGGUAACUCCUUCCUCUACGGACCCGAUUAUCUGGUGGCCGAGGACAUAGUUUUGGUCACCCUAAACUACCGCUUGGGUCCUCUGGGUUUCCUAACCGCUGGACCAGAUGCUCCUGGGAAUCAGGGCCUCAAGGAUCAGGUGCUGGCACUCAAAUGGGUGCGGGAUAACAUCGCUGCUUUUGGAGGAGAUCCCAAUCAAGUGACCAUUUUCGGAGAGUCAGCAGGUGCUUCAUCCGUCCAGUUGCUCUUACUUUCAACCCAGGCCAAGGGACUUUUCCAGCGGGCGAUUUCCCAAAGUGGUUCCGCACUGAAUCCAUGGUCCAUGUCAGUGAGCUCAAGUCAGAGAGCUGCUCGAUUGGCCGCCAAUCUGGGUUAUGUGGGUGCUAACAACACUGAAGAUAUCCUUGAUUUCCUGCGAAGGGUUCCAGCCAUGAAAUUGGUGGAGGCUGCACCCACCACAAUAACUGCUGAAGAUCACCGGAAUAACAUUGGUCUGCCUUUUGUGCCCGUGGUUGAGGGAUAUUGGAAUAAGGAUUCACAGGAGGAGCAGUUCUACGAGCAGCCCUUCUUGACUCAGCACCCGAGUGAUAUGUACCACUCGCAGAACUUCAACAGCGAUGUGGCCUACAUGACGGGUUACAACACUCACGAGGCCAUGUUGUUUAUAAGAAGACUUCGCAAGAAUCCCCAAUUGCUGAGCAUCAUUGAAAAUGAUUUUGGCCGCCUGGUGCCUCAUGAUUUAAAUGUGACACAAUCCCAUGACAGAGUUACCCGGGAAAUAAGAUCUUUUUACUUGGGAAACAAACAUGUGGGCAUUGAAUCAGUGGAUGAGAUGAUAGCCCUCCUCACGGAUCUCAUGUUUUUGCAAGGAAUCCGUCGUACGGCCAGAAAUCAUGCCAAAUAUGGAAAUGCACCUGUUUACAUGUACCGCUUCUCUUUUGAUGGAGCUUUGGGUCUGUACAAACGGAUGUUGGGAAUUCCCCGGCCCGGAGUUUGUCACGGUGAUGAGCUGGGUUAUCUGUUCAAAUUCGGGUUCUUUAACUUGAGUCUGGAUCCCAAAUCGAUGGAGGUGCAGGUCAAGAACCGAAUGGUGCGCAUGUGGACGAAUUUCGCCAAAUACGGAUCUCCCACGCCGGAUAACGAGGAUCCGCUGAUGACCACCAAGUGGGCGCCAAUCGAUCCCACCAAUGUGAUGAACAGUCUCAACUAUUUGGACAUCUCAGCCAAUUUGGCCAUGAAAACGAAUCCCGAACCGGAACGUCAGAGAUUCUGGGAUGAGAUGUAUCAGCAUUACAAUGGUGCAGCUAUGUGAAAGAUACACCCACUUGCACUCAGAUAACACACACCACACACACACUCACCCCCACACAAAAAUUUCGUAUUGCCAUUUUGUGAAAGAUCGCGCGAAACCCAGAAUAUUUAAAUGCAAAUUUCAUUGUACAAUUUUCGUAGUUUAUAGGCAGUUUUAGCUAUAUUAUUAGCAUUAGUUUGUAAGUGUUUCAGCAUUUAUCCACACCAACACCGUUUCACUCUCAUAACCCAAAGUCAAGAUGUCUUUCCUUACUACACGUGUAUCCACAAUAACCAGGUGUAAAUAGUCAGAGUCUAUCUAAUGCAUAAAGCUAACAUCCAAUACACGAUGUUUUUGUAAAUUAAAGAUAUUUUAUUAUUAA